GAAAUUCAUGUUGUUCGGUAGUCUUUUAUUAUUAAUAAUAAAGUGACAUACUUAACAGUAAAAGACAUUAGUUGAGGUAAAGGUACCCAUUAUUUGAUUUUUACUUUGAAGAGUUGCUUCUACAAAGGACACAAAUAUGAAGGAAGGGUAUCUAAAGAAAAGGAUGUCUCUUCUCAAUGGUUAUAAAGACCAGUGGUUUCAGUUGUCAGAGGAUGGAUUUCUUAAGUAUUUUAAUGAGAAACCCCUGCGGGGAAACCUGAAACAAAGAGGAAAACUGUUUUUAUUGCUUUCAGUUACAAGUUUGAAAAAGGACCUCGUAUCCUUCAAUAUUACAUCAGCAGAUGAUGAAGUCUACCGUCUACGAGCUGAUACUUUCGAGAAGAGGAAUGAAUGGGUGCAAGCCAUCAAUAAUAUUAGAACAGACAUGUACAACAAAAUGUUCAGGGGAGUGUAUGACACAAAAGGAAGACAGCAAAUAGUUUCAACUUCUGACGAUGAAAAUGACAACGAAGGAAACAAAGAAAUAGUUAAACCAAUGCAUGAAACAGUUUGUGACGAAGAUAUGGCAAAACCGGAAAAGAAUAUUGCAUCACUAUUUAAGGCACCACAAAAGCCUUUUGUUGCCGUAGCAGCGAUUGAUUUUGGAACUACAUAUUCCGGCUGUGCCUUUUCUACAGUACAAGAUUUCAAAACAGACAAAUUGAGAAUAGUAACAAUUCCACUGGAUGAUAAAAAUGUAUUUUCAUACAAAACCCCUACAGUAUUACUAUUGAAUCCUGAAGGACACUUUCAUUCAUUUGGGGCUACGGCGGAAGAUCAUUAUGUAACGUUAGCCGAAAAUGACGAGGCUAAUAGUUGGUACUACUUCGAUCGCUUCAAAAUGCAACUGUAUAGUGCAAAGGUAUUUUUAGAUUUAACUAACAUUCAAUUCCACUUAAAAUAUCUAUUGAGCAAAGCUUUAAAGAUUCUGUGA